UUUUCUUUAACUCCUGUACGUCAUCACUACCGGGUUUGUUGUGCACGCUGCGCACUUGUGUUAAACAGAAGGACGGGGCUUUUAUUUUGCUGCCUUGUUUCACUCACUCUAUCAUAUAAGUUUUCUAUGGCAAAGAGACGCGCGGAAGAACCUUUACUGCUGGACUCUCCCAUUAAAAGAAGACAUCUUGCUCCACUCUGUUGUGUCGGCAUGCAGCCAGAGAGCAUGGCUUCAGCAGGGGGUUUGAGUUCCCCGUCCAUACUGACUCUGUUGGGCAGCCGAUGUCGAAAAAGGCCUCAUUAUUCCGAUAAUGAAGCAUCGGAUUUAUUUCCCAAGGUUUCGCUAUGGGACUCUGGAAAGUUUGCAUUGGAUGUGUCGCAGGAGCCACCUUCUGGAAGUUUCCAGGACGAGCGGGGGCCCUGUACACUUUCACGAAAUAAGAGACCCAGAGAUGACAGUUUUGGUUCGGACACAGUUAGACCUGCAGGAAAUGAUAAAACAGACAAGGACUCCUCUGAAGAUGACACUUAUAACUCUUUUCAGUACUGGAGGGUCCCCUUACCUGAACUUGACCUUUUACUGCUAGAACAUACUAGUGACCAGUCCCAAAUGAAAGACAAGUCCAAAGACAAUACCACGUCUGCAGAUGCAAUGGAGAGCUGAAGAUGAUGGACACUUUAAGGCUUUAUUUACCUGAGCAAAGCAUCAUGCUGUUUGUCAUGUCUUUUGCGAUAUGAUCUAAGAUCUCAGUGAUGCUUUUUGGAUCAGCUCUUGGCCUUUCUGAAGAUUCUAAGUUCAGCAGGCUUGUAAACGCCACGGGGGACGUUUCAUUCAAACAUGCUGCAAAUCUGCAUCAGAACCGGAGGAAACGUUGGUUGGGGAGACUUUUCUUCAACCUACCAGGUUUCAUCAAGAUGGGUGUCACAUACCGCUUUUAAUAACUGAUGAUUUCAAGUCGGUUCUGUAACCCACUGCAGUGUUACUUUGCAAAUGACUUUCCAGUAUUUUUCAGUUCCAAAUACAUGUCAAUUUUUGCUCA